GAAAAGAAACACAAGAGGAGCAGCGGCAGCAGCAGCAGGCAUGGCCGCAUACACGGAGAGCCCUCACACCGCCACGGCCCAGCACGCGCUGCUACAGACACGGGGGCCUUAAAAUCACACGCUUUUAUUUGAUUCAUUCCUCUUCUUUUUAACCUCUCUUUUUUGCGACCAAAAGCGAUUGGAUACAUUUAUUUAUUUUUUGUUCAAUAUUUUUUUAUCAUGCUGGAUGCUGGAGAAUCCUUUUUUUCUUUCUUUUUCUUUAAAAAGCCAAACCAGAGUGAUGGGAAAAUAAACUAAAACUUAUUUAAAAGGGAGACUUUUUAUUAUAUGAAAUAAAAGAAACUUAAUAAUAUAUUUUUAAAUAAUAAUAAUAAUAAUAAUAAUAAUAAUAAUAAUAAUAAUAAUAAUAAUAAUAAAAUCAAGAGACGGAGGCUAUACCGGAUAAGGAAGCGAAGGAGGAGAAACUUUUACGCACGUGAGGAACUUUUGACUUUUUGACGAGCAGAUAGAUGAUUUGUCCACGAGCUCUCGCGCACGAUGAACGCGCAGCUGUCGAUGGAGAGCCUGGGCGAUCUGCACGGCGCGAGCCAUGAGGCGGCGGCGGCGGUGGGCCACGCGCGCUCCGCGGCGGGCAUGGCGUCAAUCCUAGAGAGCGGCGACUAUCCUCAUCCUGCUCAUCCGCACCAUCCUCAUCCUCAUCAUCCGCACGCUCAUCCGCAUCCUCAUCAGCACCGCCCCCCAGAGCACGCGGGCCUCGCGGGCCACCUGCACGCGGCGAUGAGCGGCGCCAUGGCGUGCGAGGCGACCGCCGGUAUGGGCAUGAGCGGCACAUACACCACGCUCACGCCGCUGCAGCCUUUACCUCCCAUCUCCACCGUGUCCGACAAGUUUCCUCAUCAUCCUCAUCCUCACGCUCAUCCUCACCAGAGGAUCGCGGGAAACGUCAGCGGGAGCUUCACGCUCAUGCGGGACGAGCGCGCGCUGGCCUCCGUCAACAACCUCUACGCGCCCUACCACAAGGACGUCGCGAGCAUGGGCGCCAUCCACGGCUCCCAGCACGCGCUGCCCCCGCCUCCGCCGCCGCCGCCUUACGCCCACGAGAAGAUGCUCGCGCCCGCCGGAUUCGACUCCCAUCACCCCGCCAUGCACGCGAGCAGCGUCACCUCGUCCACCUCGUCCUCGUCCUCGUCCUCGUCCUCCUCCCCGGCGACCGGCAUGAUGGUGCAAAUCAACGGCAUCCAUCACCACCACCACCACCACCAGCACCACCAUCACCCCCAUCACCCGCACGCGCACCUGAGCGCGCAGGGGCACCACCACCACCACCAUCACCACGCGCAGGGAGCUCUCGGAGCCGCGCGGGACCGGGAUCACGCGGCGCCCGUGGAGGAGGUGAACACCAAGGAGGUGGCGCAGAGGAUCACCACGGAGCUGAAGCGCUACAGCAUCCCGCAGGCCAUCUUCGCUCAGCGCGUGCUGUGCCGCUCGCAGGGAACGCUCUCCGACCUGCUGCGGAACCCCAAACCCUGGAGCAAGCUCAAGUCCGGCCGCGAGACCUUCCGCCGCAUGUGGAAGUGGCUGCAGGAGCCCGAGUUCCAGAGGAUGUCCGCGCUGCGCCUCGCAGCGUGCAAAAGGAAGGAGCAGGAACACGGGAAAAACGAGCGCGGAAGCGUCUCGAAGAAACCGCGACUGGUUUUCACCGAUGUCCAGCGUCGGACUUUACAUGCAAUAUUCAAAGAGAACAAGCGUCCGUCCAAAGAGUUACAAAUCACCAUCUCUCAGCAGCUGGGCCUGGAGCUCGCCACCGUCAGCAACUUCUUCAUGAACGCUCGCCGGCGGAGUCUCGAUAAGUGGCUGGACGACGGAGGCUCCAACUCGGCCAACUCAUCCUCCAACACUUGUACCAAAGCGUAACAGCUGCAGACUGACCCAAAACAAACCUUCGGUGGAAAAGCUUUAACCUAGAAAAAAAAAAAAAAAAAAAAAAAAAACUAAGCCAGAGAAUUUCUGGACGGCGUUUUUUUUUUUUUUUGUCCCUAAGACUUGUACAAUACUGAUAUUUAUAAUAUCCAAAGAAAAAAACAACCAAACAACCAAAGACUUCUUCUUCUUCUUCUCUUCUUCUUCUUCUUCUUCUUCUUCUUCAGCGAGUAUUUAAGACUUCAUUCAUUUAUGUCUGCAAAAAAGUUACAAAUGUUACUGUCCAGUCAUUAGUCAUACAAACAUCUCCACACCUAUCACCAAUUUCCCGCCUCUCAUUCUCGUUCCACGUGAUUGGUUGGACUCUUUCUUAUCGCUGAUUGGAUGCUGACUCCGCCUUGGAGUUGUUGUAUUGGUUUUUUUUUUGUUGUUGUUGUUUUUUGUUUUUUUUUAUUUGUCGGGUUUAUUUUGAGGCAUGUGACAUCUCACGAGUUUAAGCACUGUGUCCAAACGGAGACAAGCACAGGUGUGAUGAUGAUGUCACUCAUGUGCUUCGAGCCCCGCCCCUUUUCACCCACCUUAAUUGUUUCUCCCCCCCAUUCUUUAAAAAAAAAAAAAAAAAACACAAUUCUCCAGGGUUCGAGGAUAAAAACACGAAGCUAUAGCAUCUUACCACGGUUUUCCUCGAAUGCCGUCCUCCUCGUAGUGCUUUCUUCCUAACUGUCAGGAAAAUUUAGGAUGCGUUUCCUUCUUCAGCUGUAACCAUUUCACUUCUACGUGCAUCAAUCAAUCAAUCAAUCAAGUAUGGAACCAAAGAAUGCGUGUUAUAGAGACUGCCCCAAAUUUCUACACUCUAAUCAAAAAAAGAAAAAUAAUAAUUUGGUAUAAACUUAAAUCAUCGUGUUUAAAUCAUUCACACUCUACGCUUUGUGGCGUGAUACGUUCAGGGAAAACUUCACUAGCUUUAAAAUCUAUGUUUUUUUAAAAAAAAAGAAUAAACGCCAGCAGCUAAACACCAAAGAUCGACCCUCAUCGGGCAGCUUCAGCACCUGUGCUGUAAAAACGUAAUCAACCAAUCAUAAGCAUGCAAGCCCGGGAGGGACGCUAUUCCGAAAACGACUAAUCACGCCGAUAAGCAGGGACUGACAGCUGAUCGUAAGUAAUCACUGGACUGACGUCGAGGUUAAGUAGCGACGUGAAGCUGCCAGGAUUAGCCGUGCUCUUACUCGGCUAACGUCGUCACCGAUUCCACCAUUUCCAAAAAUUUCAAGGUUUUGACUUCACGUGGUUCUCGAACGUUUAUGCGCAUUAUUCGUUAGCGACAAACUCCAGCAGCACACGGUGAACCUCUGGUGCUUAAACGGUAGGUCUACUUUAUUUUAACGACAAUCUGGGGCCAAAAGAAUUAAGCAUGGAACGUGUAAUAUUUUUCAUUUCGCAACGAACGAUUAAAGAUUGAAUCAGUUCAGAGACGUUGUCGAUUCGACAUCUACGGCUGUUUAGCCAUAAGGUGAGACCAGAAAGCGACACUUUCGGACCAAGAAGUCAAUAAAGUUUCACUUUGUAAUGACUUUAUCUUUAUUUUUGAUGCGCGGAUUCGCAAAACUUGAUCCGGUGCACCGAUGGGAACCAAGCGGGACGGAGGGGAGGUGUCUCGUCCGCUGAUGUACCGUACACUCGGGUUUUUAUGGUCGAAUUCUGUCUUUUUCUCUCUUUCUGCUAGGAGUUUCUUCAUUCACGUUUCAGACGGAUAAACAAGGAGCUGGGUUAGGUUUACUAACGUCACGUUGAAUCACCUGCAACGCUUAUGUACAGAAAAGAAGCUUAGAAGCCCUUUUUUAUUUUUAUUUUUUGCCCCAGAGUCCCAAGUGUAUGUGUGUGCUGUUAUUCACAUUAUAUCCACUAGGGGGCAGGUGGGAGCUAAAACAUCUCUGGCUGGAAGAGUUCCUAUAAAAUGUCGACCAAUUACCGACGUUGCUGGUGUCAUGAAUCGUCCACUCGUAGGAUACUACCGCCUUGAGGAAUUUUUAAGGACACACACACACACACACACACAUAUGCACAAACGUGAGAUAAAGUAUGACAUCCUGUUAUCGCAGCAUCUAAUUCAAACCUACUAACCCUGGGUUUACGUUUAUGCUUUUCAAUCCACAGAAUAAUUCUAUGCAUUACCCGGUUUGGAAGAAAGCAUUACGAGCGUCGCGUUCCUCCUCGAGGAGACGGUUGCAUUCGGUCCACUCCAACAGUCACCAGAUUUCUGGCCUGGUAGUUACUGGGCGCUUGUGGUGUGGUGUGGUGUGGUUAGCUUUACCAAAAAAAAAAAAAUUUAAAAAGUUCUAUCUAUAUAUUCGGUAACUAUUUAUGAGUAUUCCAUUUGACGACGAGAAGAGAGCGCUGCUUCCUCGUGUAGAAAAGACGAUAAUAUCUUCAGACCCGCUUAUAUUUUUAGUGCGAACCAAAGAUGCUACCUCACUCAGUUUCCAUUAGUGAUUUCUAUCACGUUAAUGAUACCAAAGAAUACCAAAGAUGUUUCUUUUUUUCUUUUUUUUUCUUUUCUUUUUCCUGUCUUUUGCACGGCCUACGUGAAUGACGUGGUGGAUAAAGUGGACGGUGUGACGAUCGCCCAGCCUCCUUUCCUUUCCUUUCCCUCCCUCUCUCUCCUUCUCUUUCUUCUUUCCUUCACUCCGCGUGCUCUCUUUUUCAUCCGUGCUCGUGCGACUUCGAUGAAAAAAAAACUCACAGGACGAGUGCCUUGCUUGAACCAAAGUGUUAAACCGCCGUUAACCUCUCUCUCUUUCUCUCUCUCUCCCUCUCUCUCUCUCUCUUCUUGUACUCUUAAAAUACCUCAGCCUUUAGAAGGGCCACUGAUGAAAAUUAACAGAGUCUCUCUCUCUCUCUCUCUCUCUCUCUCUCUCUCUCUCUGUCUCUCUCUCUCUCUCUCUCUCUCUCUCUCUCUCUCUCCCUCUGUGUGUGUGUGUGUGUCUCUCUCUCUCUCUCUCUCUCUCUCUCUCUCUGUCUCUCUCUCUCUCUGUCUCUCUCGCUCUCUCUCUCUCUCUCUCUCUCUCUCCGUCUCUCUCUCUCUCUCUCUCUCUCUGUGUCUCUCUCUCUCUCUCUGUGUGUCUCUCUCUCUCUCUCUCUCUCUGUGUGUGUGUGUGUCUCUCUCUCUCUCUCUCUCUCUCUGUCUCUCUCGCUCUCUGUCUCUCUCUCUCCCUCUCUCCGUCUCUUUCUCUGUCUCUCUCUCUCUCUCUCUCUCUCUCUCUCUGUCUCUCUCUCUCUGUCUCUCUCUCUCCCUCUCUCCGUCUCUCUCUCUCUCUCUCUCUCUCUCUCUCUCUCUCUCUCUCUCUCUCCCUCUCUCUCUCACUGUGGUGCUUUUCACCAGUGCAGCCAUGCAACAAAAACAUACCUUUUCUCUUCCUCCAUCUCUUUUGCUGAUAAACCAAAGCUCCUCCUCUUUCCCCUAUCAAGCCCUUCCCCAACACUAAUCGACCACUAGCCCCGCCCCUUUUUGCUGGUAGGCGUGUCCACCGUAGCGGGCCGUGUAAGUGUUUUUACCAAAUGUCUCAGAAUACCUCAUGCUAAUAAAAACGUACAGUUGUGUUGUAUAGAGAGUCUAUGUGUUUGAGGCAGAAACUCGAUUAUUUUGCGAACUUGUUCAUGUCGAUUCGUAAAAAAAACAAAAAAAAAAACUUUAUUUAUUUUUGACGUUUGGCUUAAAAAGUGCUGUGUUCUUUUGCUCACUGAUGGCAGGUUUCAAAACUUGCAGGAAGGAAAAGAGAAAGGUAUUUUUUGAUUAGAAGUUGUGUCAUGCUACGUGCGAUACGAUUGCUGUUACGAUAACGAUAACGAUAAUGUAGACUAUUCUUUUUUACAGGGUAAAAAAAAAACAACCAACCGCUGUGACGCCGUGUUUAUAUGUGUUUAUAUAUUUUCCUCUUUUCUCGGUUGUGCGAUUAGGUUUCGUUUCAUUUUGUACCGCUUUAUGUCUGUUUUAAUUUAUGUAUUUGUAGAAAAUAUAGAUUUGUACAUAGUAGGGUUUUUUGGAAAAAAAAAAGAAAAGAAAAAAAGAAAACAAACAAACAAAACGAAAGCAGAAAAAAAAAGGGGGACGUUCGGGUUUACGUUCUGGCCUUCUGAUGGAAGCGUGGACGCGGCGCAGGCGGGCGAUCUUUUGUGUCUCGGCUGGCACACGGUACUGCAAUCAAAACACUGCCAGAAACACAUCUCCAUCACACACACACUCACACACACACUCACACGCACUCAGGACACGCCCUGGGAAUGGUUUCCGUCUGUCACUGAAAUCACACAAACUGUGUGAUUUUUUUUGUCCUUUAUUCACACUGUACACAGGAAAGAUAUACAGCUGCAAUCAAAAGUAUUCACCCCCCCCCCCCCCCCCACCCCAGUGCAAAUCAGGUUUAUUGUCAAAAUGUACAGACUUUCAACUGUUUGCGACGAACAAAUCAAACAACUGAAAUAGUUUAACACAACGAACGCUUCAAGUGGUUUCCCCAAAUUCUACUGAAAAUGCGACUUAUAAUGACUUCUCCAGUCUCAAAAUUAUUCACCCCCUUCAUGGCGAGCACCUUUAGUACUUAGUAGAGCUCAUUUUGCUGUUAUGACCUGCUGCAAACGAGGUGCGGAGUUUCUGCAGCGUUCCUGAGGAAUCUUCUCCCGUUCCUCAUGAGCAAAUCCUCCAGUUCAGUAAUAUUCUUGGAUGUGCAAAGGGGGGGUGAAUAAUUUUGAUCGCAACUGUACAUUUAGAUCUCAGGCUAACGGAAAGAAAGAAGAAAAAAAAGCACUGGCCUUCUUAUUGUGUGUGAAGGUGUGUGUGAAGGUGGGUUUGUGUUGAAACAAUGGUGGGAACAUACAAUCUGAGGCACAUAGGGGGCGGAGCCUAUAUAAUGAAGCAGGGAGGAUUUGUUAGACAGUUUCAUCCGGUAUUCCGUGCUAACCACAAUAACGCGCACUACGUCUAGUAUUAAAGCGUAAACGCAAAUGGACUUAUAAUCUUUAUCGUCUUAAAGAUGCAGUUUGUGAGUUUUAGCGCCCUCUUCAGCCUGAGAGAGUGAUAUUGAAUUGCAGUGCGACGAUGUAAUGUCCUUUUGUUGAAGCCACAUAUGCAUAUUGAGCUGCCUGUUAGGGAGUGAAAAAAAAAGAAGAGGGAAGCAAUUCUGUUCCAAUUGUGGGGCGGAGCUAAUUUCAGGACCAGAAAAACGUUAGCAAAAGCCUGUAACAAAGAAACUAGCCAGAUCCACCACACAGCAAUAUUGUGAAUGGCAGUUGUUGAGCUAGAAUGAUUCAAUGAUUACUGAAUGAACUUUUGUUUAAAAUAACAAACUGCACUUGAACAUCAGAAGUAGUUGAACACCACAAGUCCGAGCACCUCGGGUUAUUCCCGUGGUUUUAUUCCAUACGUCAGUUUCCCGUCAGACUUCAUCGUGUGUCAGUGCUCUGAUGGAAACUGUAGUCAAACGUGUAGCGUUCAGCUCAGAUUUGCGUUACGUGUUCAUAGAGACGUUACGCGCUCGUUUAAUUCAUAUUUUGUCGCUAAUGUUUGCAACUUUUAAGCCCCACCCCCUCUCAUCUGCCUGUGAUUAGUGAUUACACGUAGCCCCGCCUCUUCAGAAAAUGUUAAAACAGUGCACAAAUCUUUUGCGUAACUAGUGAUUCUUGGAGAAAUGUAGCACGAGAACACAAGGCGUUGAGAAUUGUUCAUAAAACUACAAUCUUAUCAUUGCACUGACAUACGAAACAUCUGACUGGAACUUUAUUUAAUCCAUAUUGUUUUCUUCUGAUUUUCAGAUUGCGUUUUGUUUGUUCGUUUGUUUGUUUGUUUGUUUCUUUGUUUGUUUUUUUCGACAGAGCCUUAAGGAUUUGUGUGUGUGCGUUCAGCUCAGAGUCUUUGCACAAACGCUUUUCUCGUCUAAAGCCAACCGAGUCGAUGCCAUACAAAAUGUGUUCUAAAACAGAUGAAGGGUAAACCCCGCCCCCUUAAGGGUACAUCAACCAAUCAGAAUCGUACACACCAGGUUCAUCGUAUGAAUUCUUAGAAUUGUGAUAUAAUGCAGCAGCCUUGGUUUUGUCACAUUCUAUGUUGCACAAUCACCUUCGCCCACACGCACACACACACACACACACACACACACACACACACACACACACACACACACCGUGUUUCCAAUCUUGAUUACAGCUGUGGGUUUUAGUUCGCUUGUAGCAUGGGAGGCUUGAAGAGAGUAAAAGGCAGAGCACGCAGGGAACGCAGUGUGUGUGUGUGUGUGUGUGUGUGUGUGUGUGUGUGUGUGUGUGUGUGCUUUGUAACCCCUUCGUCCCUCUCUCUCCUCUCCUCGCCUGUCGAUCUGGAAGAACACGUCGAUGUCUCGGUGUGCGAGACCGUUGCGAUCAGUCCCCAGUAUCCAUGAAUAUGGUGAUUUUGUGAACUGACCCGGGUUUCGCGAUAUCUCGAAAGCCCCGAUCUCUGUGCUGUAAGAUCUUGAUCUCGUCCUGCGUGAAGAUUCCGAUAUCUCGCUGUGCGUGCAGGUAUCAGGAUCCGGUUGUGUGUGCGUAUACGCCGAUAAGUCGUUCCGGAAUAUCGCGAUAUCUGAUUGGGAGUGAAUAUCGGGAUCACUCUGAUUAUUUUUUUCGCCCCGCCCCCACCCCCCGUCCCAGUUGGUUGUCGCGGAAAAGUAGUUCCUGUUUGAUACGAAGGCCCGGCUCUGUGUGUGCCCUACAAUAUUUCGAGCGCCUAUGACAAUCAUCUGGAAAAGACACAAAAAAAUUAUAAUGAUUUCAUUUUCUUCUUUUCUGUCUGUUCUUCUUGGACUUCUUCUUUGAGCGAUGAUCAUAUCUAGAGAAAUAUUUAUUUUUCUUUCUUUCUUUUUUUGUCCCCAAAGCAGAGGCUCGAACUAUGUCGUUCCAGUUCGCUGAGCACUUCUUGUGUCACGCAGUUUUAUGUUUUAUCGCUCUUUGUCUGCGCUUCAUCUUCUGUGCUUUUUAUCUAUUCUGUGUCUGGUAAAGAAAUAAACGAGAGCGAUGCACUAGGCGUCCUUCUGCGUUUGUGUUUCUGUAACGCCUCACGGUUUGCGUUAAUUAACAACGUGCUUUUUACUUUCUUGUCUGACUUUGCUCUCUCUCUCUCUCUCUCUCUCCUUUCUUUCUCUCUCUCUUCCUCUGCCGUGCAAUAUCAUCUACUGUGUUUGCUAAGCAAGAAAAAAAAAAAAGAAAAAAAAACAGAAGCAAGUGAUGAUGUCAUCAUGCUUUUUUUCAGUGUUGAAAUGUUUCAGCAUUUCUGUAGUCACACAAAAUGUAGAAAAUAAAAACAGUUGGGUUUUCCAGCGCUGCAAGA